UCUUCCGCGCCCUGUCUGUCUCCCUGCGCUGGCAUGCACGUCAGUUGACAUUCCGCUGCCGAAAUCGUACGUUCCUGCCCCGACGUGCCGCUUUGUGAUAGUUUUCGUCAUUAGGUACACCGAACGCUACGCGAACGAUGUCCGGCGCGCUGGACCACUUUGUGACUUUAAGUGAGACCACGUCCCGUUUACUGUGAUCGGAUACCGAUCGGGGUGGGGAUCGAUUUCUAGCGGAUACGGGCCAGGUGACGGCUGUGAAGUUAACUCGAUUCUCGACCAGGUUCGUUCUUUCCUGCGUUUAUCGUGACAGGGGCCACGUAUGUACACUCGAGGAAGAUAUGGAAAGCGUCGACGCAGCUCGCAGUCAACGGUUUUACGUGAAUCUGAAAAUUUCGUAUAACGUGAAUCUCGAGGAUUGUGUUUCGCGAUCGGUUUCGUCGAGCAUGACGGAGAAGACACGUGACUUCGUAUGAAAUCGUAGAAGCGUAUUAGAUUCAUUCUGAAAAAUACAGGUGAACAGGGAUAACCUUAGCUACGGCGCAACGAUCUGGAACGAAAGAAUUGUAGAAACCGUACGUGUGUACCCCGUAGAUCACGUGGCCAAACUCUGUGAAUAGGGACAAUCCAGUAGUCACCGAAUGGAAGGAUCGAUCGAGGUGUAUUUAUAACUGACCGCAUUUAAUAAUUUCGAUUAUAUCGCGUGAGAUCACGUGCGAGCACAAAAGGGAUAUUCAAAGCGUUCGUUCAUUAAGAUACCCGGUGGACAGUUUAAUCUCGGAGCGCACCGAUCUGGUUUGGAAGAAUUAUAGAAACGUGUACCCCGUAGAAAAAAAAGACGAUCUAGUUCCCGGCAAAUGGAAGGAUUGAUCGAGUUAUCUAUCCACGUUUAAUAAUCUCGAUUGCAUCUCGCAAGAUCACGUGGAAAUAAGAAUACAAGGGACAGCCUGCGCGCGCGUGGGAGAAGCCAAGGGUCAGUGAUAUGUUCCCUUCGUCAGCGGCGAUGCUGAAGAAUCUGCAACAAAGUGCAAUGACCUCGCCAUUUCUGAUGGAGAAUCUGCUCCAGAGCAAGGCGUCGCCCGGUGGCGAUCUUACCAGCCUGACCUUGAAUUGGGCGGCCAGCUUAGUGGCGAGACAGCGGGAAAGAGAGUGCGAGGCGAGCCUGAGGAUCAGCCGCGAGAAGGUGUCGCCGUCGAGCGCGAAUCAGGAGCAGCUGGACCAACGAUCGUCGAGUGGUACACGUGGGAACGAUCGACCAAGCCCGAUCAUCGACUGCAGGGACCACCAAAGACUCUCCGACAGGAUCGAUCGUCAGAACGAUCGCAUGCAGAUCCUACGUGAGAAGGACGGCAUCGAGAGAGGUCACAUGACGUACGUGGACGUAGACAACGAGAGGAUCGACGGGCACGUGAUCGUCGAUCGCCUUUGCGCAAUGGAGAGGCUCUGCAACGAGAGGAUCGAGAACAGAUCGAACUCCGGGAUGGAUUCGUGCAACUCGAACGCCGACGAGGAUCCCGGUACCAUCGAGAUGGACAGUGGUCUCCAAGGGGAGAGGGAAAAGGACGACAGUAUCCUGAGCGGCGAACGCGUCGCGGCGUUGCACCAAGAUAGACGGUACGACCUUGGAUGCAGAAACGUCAUGCACACGUCCGACGAGAUGACGAUCCAAGGGGAGAGAGAGGUGGCGGUCGAGCGUGUCGUCGACAGGAUAGGUGAGAGAACGACCGCCUGUUCCUGCGGCGACGAGCAGUGCUUAGGACCCGCAUGCAGGACCAUCCAGGAGAAGGAGAAGCCGCAGCUCAAGUUCAGCGUCAACGCUAUACUCGGAGGCAAUCAUGACAGGCGACCGCAUUCCGGUAAAUUGUUCUGA